AUGUCACUAUUUCUACUAAAGACACAAGACCUAACAUGGCAGGACAGAGCUCUGAAUGUGGAGGUGAUGCUAGAACCAAAGAAGACACAGCUUUUGUUCAAGAAAAACAAGUCUCUCUCCAUGCGCUGCGAAAAAGAUCGACAGCGCUACGAGAAGCAACGAAACGCCAACAUCAGGAACUACAAGACCGAAAAGCGGUACAUGGACGAGAGAAACCAAGAACUCUAUCUCAUCAAAACUCAACGUUUCUUGCAAAGCAUUCCUCCAGAUAUGAAACAACAGUUUCUUAGCAGACGGUCCUUUUCCAUUAGUUUAACCAAACUCACCAAAGACUUCCAUGAGGAUGAAAGCGCGAGAGCCUCGGCUCCGCCCAACAUGGUAGGCAUCAUGUCUCGAGAGGAAGUGACGACACUGCCUGCUAUCACAAUUCAAACACCAGAACCAAGCCCCAGGGUGCGGUUUCAACCAAGUUCAAAGGCGCAGUUUCAGAAACGGGCAAAAUCCCCGAUGGACAUUCGUUUCUGCCAAGACCCAAGAGAUGUGUCUGUUAAUGACCAUGAUGAAAACAGUGACUCCCAACACGCGAGUCGGAACAACACUCCGAUUCCCAGUUACCUGCCAUCUGUUCAACAACCGUUGCCAAGUGGCAUUAUGAAAGAUCAAAGAAGAAAUUCCGCAAACACUUUACUUACAGAUAGAAAUGUUAGAUUUGCCGAAAAAGAAGAGAACAAAAACAACAAAGAACUACCAAUUGAUUCCUAUCAAGAAGAGAAAAUUCGAAUUGAAAGUCUAAAACCAAAGGUUCAGAGGAAAGUAAACACGUUCUUAUUGGAACAAAGUAAAUUCAACAAAAGAGCCCCAAUUUCAAAGAUUGACUUAACAAGGAAAAGUAAUGUGGAUGCCAGUGACUUAUGCGGCAUCUCAAAAAACAAACUAGUCAGUGCAUUUGACGAGCUCUGUGAAUUAUCCAAUCGAGAUAACUUUCAAAAACUUGUAAAAUAUGCAACGAAGUUAAAAGUCGCUACUCAUUUGUCCUCGAAAAUCGUCCCUACAAUGGACACCGUAAAAGCAUCUAAAUCCUUUCUUAUGAUAAAAAAUCAAAUGGGCACCCAGACUAAAAGUCAAGAGCUCGUUCAAAGCACAUAAAACGACAACGCAUUGUACUACAAUAAAGUAGAGGGGAUGGUGAAAUGGAGCAAAUUUA